GCUUUUGAGACACUGGUGAAACAAUUUGCUAGCGACACAUAUAGAAGGGAAUUUUUUUUUCACCAUGCAUGGACGUCUCAAAGUGAAAACAACAGCUGAACAGCAAGAAGCCAAAAGAAAAGAAAGAGAGAAGAAAUUACAAAUAUACAAUGCAGCGACUAAGAAGGCAUUCCAAAAGCGAGAUAAUAAAGAGUUUGAUGAGGAAGCGUUGGAGAUAACAGGCCAAAUGUUGUCAGCAAACUCAGACUUCACAACAAUUUGGAAUUACCGAAAGGAAGUUUUCUUGGAUUAUAAAAAGAAAAAAACCCCCGAUGAGCUGGUAAAGAUAUUCAAGUCUGAGUUGGUGUUUCUUGAAAGCUGUUUGCGAUAUAAUCCAAAGUCUUACGGAGUUUGGCACCACAGAUGUUUUGUGAUGGAUAACAUGCCAAAUCCUGACUGGAAAAAUGAACUUAAACUUUGUAAUAAGUUUUUGGAAUAUGAUGAAAGAAACUUUCAUUGCUGGGACUAUCGUAGAUUUGUUGUCAUGAGAUCUAAAGUUCCAGCAGAAGAAGAGAUAGCAUUCACCACUGAGAAGAUCAGUAGCAACUUCUCAAAUUUUUCAUCCUGGCAUUAUCGCAGUAAAUUAUUACCAGUGGUUCAUCCGGACCCUGAAAAAAAAGAACGAGUACGAGAAGAUAUUCUACAUAAGGAAUAUGAACUUGUACAGAAUGCAUUUUUCACUGAUCCUAAUGAUCAGAGUGCGUGGUUCUAUCACAGAUGGUUACUUGGUAGAGCUGAAGCACCGCAGUCUAUACGAAGUGUUCUUAUAUGUCGAAGUAUAAAUAGGAUUGUUGUGUGUUUCACCAAACCGUUAGACAUCGUUCAACAACCACUAUCUGUUAGCAUUAAUGGGAAUCUUAUAAAAACAUCCUGGUAUUCAGCAAGUAAUCGGGAUGUCUAUAGUUUGGUAUGGAUAUUUCAAAUUCCAGAUACUGUGUUAAAUGAUGAUACUGAUGCUGUAAUACUCAUUUCCCUCAAUAAUGAUCAAAUAUCAAAACAUUGUAUUUUAAAAAAAGGCGACACAGAAUGUGUCAUCAAAGACAACUCAACACCAGAGACAGUUUUCAGUUCUGAUCUAAGUGCUGAGACAUCUGCAGUGCUGCAGAAUGAAUUUGAAUCAUGUCAGCAACUGCAAGAACUAGAACCAGAAAACAAAUGGUGUUUACUGACUGUGGUACUCCUGAUGCGAGCAUUAGACCCAGUUAAGCAUCAGGAACAAACAUUGGAGUAUAUAGAAACUCUUAAGAAGGUUGAUUCAUACAGAAUAAAUUAUUAUAAUGAUCUUAGAAGUAAAUUUAUUAUUGAAAAUGCGAUUAUUGAAUCACUAAGUCAUGAUGAUAAGAUUAUGGACCUCUCAAAUAAGAGAUUAUCGUGUUUAUAUCACAACGAUCACAUGGUAUUGAUGACCAAAAUCAAUCUAUCAGCCAAUCAGCUGUCUUCUUUAAGGCAUUGUUAUAUGUUCCAGUGUGUUGAGAUACUGAAUUGUGAUGACAAUAAUAUCAAUGACCUCAGUGAUGUGUCAGGGCUACCUUGUUUACAACAAUUAUCUAUGCAGAAUAACUGUAUAACCACAAUCGAGCAAUUAUCCUACCUGUCAACCUGCAAGGAACUCACAGUUUUAAAUCUCCAUGGUAACCCAGUAUGCGACAUUGCUGAUUUCAAGGAGAAAAUUAUGAAUAUGUUAUCAAAUUUGAAAACACUGAAUGGUAAAAUCCAACUAUAACCCUCAUAAAUUAAAUAUGUAGUUCAACAACUCCUAAAUAUAUCUGUAUGUACAUAUUAUUGGGCUGUACAUUUUCACAGCCUUGCAACCAUUGCUAGUGACAAAACAGGCCAAAAACUCUCAGAAAACUGUACUUUAGGCUUGUUGUUG